CAGAACCCACCACGCUGUGACAUCAGGCCUGGGGACGAGGCCUUCGCGGGCAACGUGGCUGCUGCGGACACUGCGUCUGCGGCUGUGCUGGUGCAAGGAGCCCUCACUUCUUGCAGCUGACACGUGCCUCUGGCAGCCAUGAAUUGGCUCUGCCUCCUCAUCCUGCUGGCCACGUGCGGGCUUGCGCACGGCACGUGGGACAACUGCGGAUCGGUGUGCGGGUUCCGAUCCACGGGUUAUGACUAUGGUGCCAACGCUUAUCAAUACAACGACUAUGGCAUGUCACGUGUCGUGGGCGGCACAGGUGCCCACGAAGCGUCCUGGCCCUGGCUCGUCAGCCUCCAGCAUGAGUGGAUACCAGACACGGGGCAUUUGUGCGGAGGGUCCCUCGUCCACCCGCAAUGGGUCCUCACGGCAGCCCACUGCUUUGACGAUGUCACCAACAUCAGCCUGGUGUACGUGGUGAUCGGGGCCACCCAGUUGACUCAACCAGGGCCUGGGGCACAAGUCCGCUACGUUAAGCAGCUGCGCCUUCACCAAUACUAUAAUAAAGUCAACAUGAAGAACGACAUCGCCAUGCUGGAACUGGACCAUCCUGUCAUGUGCAGCCCCUACAUCCAGCUGGCCUGUGUGCCCGAUCCAACACUGAGAGUGUCAGACCUGGCAUACUGCUUUGUCGCUGGCUGGGGUGCCACCACUGCAAGGGCUGCAAAAACAAGUGAUCUCCUGCAGGAGGCCCAGGUCCAUCUCAUCGAUCUCAAGCUCUGCAACAGCAGCCAGUGGUAUGCGGGGAAAAUCCACAUCUCCAACGUGUGUGCUGGUUAUCCACAGGGCAUCAUCGACACCUGCCAGGGGGACAGCGGUGGUCCUCUCAUGUGCAAAGACAACGUGGCUGACUACUACUGGGUUGUUGGAGUGACCAGCUGGGGAAGAGGCUGUGCAAGACCAAAGCAGCCUGGAAUCUACACCUCCACUCAGUACUUCUACAAUUGGAUGCUGGCUGAGAUGGCUGCAAGCCCAUAUGGAAGUGCUUCUUGAGCAGCAGGACAGACAGGAUCUAGUGCAGGCUGCAACCGUUUCCUGCUGGGACAAUGCCUGCUGAUCCCAAGGCAGCCUCAGUGUCAA